UAUAGUAGAUAUUACGGCAAUAAUUAUUAUUAGUAAUUCUCAGUUUCAUAUUAUUCACCCUGUAUUUAAUAACCACAACAUGCCAACGUGACACUUUGAUCUGAAAAAUUUUUGUCAUUUUUUUGUUAAAUGAUUUCUUACAUACAAAAUUUCUUUAGCAGUUUAUAUGACCUUUUCAACGGUGAGAAGUGCAGUAAUAAUUCUUUAAGACUUGUACAAGUUAUUUUUCGACAUGGUAAUAGAACCAACCUUACCUCAGCCACGUACAAAAUUGAUCCUUACAGAUUUGAGCAGUAUUAUCCUUAUGGUGUUGGGCAACUUACUAAAGAAGGGAAGUUAAAAUCAUACAAGAUGGGCCAAGACCUCCGUAAACGAUACAAACAAUUUCUGGGUGAUGUUUAUUUGAAUAAAAUGGUUGAAGGUAUAAGCUCGUCAAAAACAAGAGCCCAAUGUAGCCUUCUAGCAGCUUUGGCAGGACUGUGCCCCCCAAAUAAAAACGAAAUUUUCGAAAAACGUUUGAAUUGGCAACCCAUUCCAUAUAACACAUUAUGUGAACAACAAGAUAAGUUAUUUCUUAAAACAGACAAUGAAAAGUUUGUAAAACUGUAUUGCGAGCUGCAAAAAAACCCAGAAACUAUGGAAAUCCUAAGUAGAUACUGCAACAUUUUUUCCUAUCUAACAGAUUAUACAGGGCAGGAAAUAAAAACCAUUAAAGAUUCUUAUUUCUUGUACGGUUGCUUUAAAGUUGAGGAAGAACUAGGCUUUGUCCUGCCUGAUUGGAGUUGUAAAGUAUACCCUGACCCCUUACAUGAAAUGGCCUUAAUUUUUUUUACAGAGCUAACCGAAAAUUUGGAAAUUAAGAGGCUUUUUACAGGGUAUCUGAUGAAAUUCAUGGUUAACGAAAUGAAUGAGAAAAUAACCGAUAGGCAGAAUAAUAGGAAAAAAAUGGUGCUCUACUCUGCUCAUGAUUUGCAAGUGAUGUGUUUCUUGAUUGCAAUAGGAUACUGCAACAUUGAAAUACCUCCAUAUGCAGCAUAUAUUUUGGUUGAGUUGCACGAGAUUGAUAAUGUUUUUGGUGUCAAGGUGUUUUAUCAAAAUUACAAAUCCAGUAAACCGUGUCAGGUGAAAAUUAAAGGUAAAACCUUCACCCCACUGGACGAGUUUGUUUGUAUGAUUAAGGAUUCGUUUCCGAAGGACUAAUGUAAUAAAAUUUAAAUGUAGCAACAUGAAAUAAUAAAUUUUGUAAUACUUGUGCCACAAAAGCUCUCUAUUGAAAGGAACUUCUCUAUGGAUUCCCUUCAUCGAGAAUUACGUCCUUUCAGGACAAACAUGCUCUUCAGUAACAAAGUGGUGAGAGCGGAGUAGUUUGAUGUAUAACAUGUAUAAAGCGGCAGCAAAAUUCGAUGUGAAACGCAGCAGUUCGCUUUAAAGACCUUUUAUAAAGGGUUUAUUUUAAUUAAUCGAUAGUUGCCUUCUGUCCCUAUACAUACACACAUUCUGUUAAAUCAUAUAGUGGUUAAAGUAA